GUGCAUAUGUCUGAAUGUGUGUCUGCGUGCUUGCCCUGCUUUUCUAAACUGCCUCGUAUGGCAUAAAUCUUUUUCAGCCUGACCAGAGCGUUCCUGAUGGAUGGUUAAAGAGCUUACUUGCACCUCUGCCUCUCUCGUAUUCCUCUUGGAGACUUCAUUCAGAAGAUAUUUGUUUACUGAAAGAAUGGGCAGAUAGUUACAAACCAGCCUUCUUCAUAGCAGCUAACCUGUGGAUCCUGAAGGAUGGAAAUAGUUGAUGCUAGCUUCCUUGAGAACAGUACCAACAUCACUGCUUUGCUGUGUGAUAUCCUCUUGGAAAAUGAGACUUUUUACUGUGUGGAUGAUCCACCUUAUUCUUCUAAAGAUUUGCAUCAGAUAAUCCGGAUCCUGCUGUAUUGUUUGAUAUUUCUGCUCAGCGUUUUGGGGAACAUUCUGGUCAUCACUGUGCUGAUAAGAAACAAACAGAUGAGAACGGUCACCAACACAUUUCUGCUGUCCCUGGCAGUCAGUGACUUAAUGCUCUGCCUCUUCUGCAUGCCAUUCACCCUCAUUCCCAACCUGCUGAAAGAUUUUAUUUUUGGAAGCACUGUUUGCAAAACUGCCACUUACUUCAUGGGUAUCUCUGUGAGCGUGUCUACAUUCAACCUCGUUGCCAUCUCUUUGGAGCGGUACAGUGCCAUUUGCAAACCUCUUCAGUCCAGGGUCUGGCAGACAAAAUCCCAUGCCUUGAAAGUGAUUGCUGCUACCUGGUGUGUUUCCUUUACCAUCAUGUCACCAUAUCCAAUUUACAGCAAGCUGGUCCCUUUCACCAAGUACAACAACAGCACAGCCAACAUGUGUCGGCUCCUUUGGCCAAGUGAUGUCAUUCAGCAGUCUUGGUACACCUUCCUGCUGCUCAUACUCUUUCUUAUACCUGGGAUAAUAAUGAUGGUUGCGUAUGGCCUCAUUUCAUUGGAACUCUACAGAGGAAUAAAAUUUGAUACCAGCCAGAGAAGAUCUUCAAGAGAAAGAAAAGGAAGUACCAGCAUCGCCAAAUACGAGGAUGGAGACGGGUGCUACCUGCACAAAGCCAAAAGGAAAAGGAAAGUGCCGUUGCAACAGCUAUCUACUAUGAGCAACAGCAAAAUAGACAGGGUGAGAAGCAGCAGCUCUUCUGCCAACCUGAUGGCCAAGAAACUUGUCAUCCGCAUGCUGAUGGUGAUAGUGGUUUUGUUUUUCAUUUGCUGGACUCCCAUCUUCAGCGUGAACGCCUGGCGCGCAUUUGACACCGCCUCCGCAGACCUGCAUCUCUCGGGAGCUCCCAUCUCCUUUAUCCACCUGCUGUCCUACACUUCUGCCUGCGUGAACCCUAUCAUAUACUGCUUCAUGAACAAGCGUUUCCGCAUGGGUUUUCUAGCCACUUUCACCUGCUGCGCUAAGCAGAAGCCGCCUGUGAUUAGAGGAGAGGUUGGUGAUGAAGAGGAGGGGAAGACGACAAGGGCUUCGCUCUCCAAGUGCUCUUACACACACAUGAACAUGUCUGCACCCCCCUGAGCUGCAUCAGAAGGGGCUACAAGUGGCCCACAGAAAUUCAAGUGGACAUCGUCUGGUCUUGGGAAGUGGCUGUGGCAUUAGUUGAUAUGAUUUAGUUCCAAGGUAAUGAAACACUUCAGCUGACAGUAAACGCUGUGAGAACUUCAUGGGAAAUGGAUGCUGUCUCUGUCUGAGCUUUAUAUCAUUUUCCCUUCAAAAGUACAAAGGAGGAAGAGGGCUCUUUGAAGACAAGGGACUUUAUAAAAAGCCUUAGAAGAUGGUCUAUUUGUCAUAAAUUCUCCUGUAAAAAAAUUGGUGUUCUUUAACAUCAGCAGUUUAGCUCAGUAUUCAGCUGCACUUCUAAGCACCUCCAAAAACGUCCAAGAUGCCAAUAGAUUCUCCUCAAACACAAAUAAAUGUAUUUUAGUCUUCACUUCAGUAUCUCUGCCUUACAAUCAAAAUCAUUCAGUUACAUUUGAAGUACUUUUUUCACAUUAUUUUAGCUGAGCUAAUACGUAUCGAGAUCAUGCUGGUGCCAUAGUCAAGUACAAGCAUUUUGGGGUGGGGAGAAUGGGCAUGUCCAUGUGAAAAUAAUGCUUUCAAGUGAAACUGUUUUUUUUUUUUUUUUUUUUUUUCUAAACAAAACAAAAAUAAAUACUGAUGACUUCAAAUGUGGACGGAAAGCAUUCUUCACCUGGCAAUAACCUAUGAUAAAUUACCAUCAUUUAAGUGUAUCUUUGUUUUGAAUAAAAAAAACAGAGCAAGCACAGAGAA